AUGGCCACCCGGGAACAUUGGGAACAACAAAAGGAGGAGGAACAGCAGCAGCAGGUGGCUACAGGUGCCAUUUCCACCACUGAUGAUGACCCAGGACUGCUUUCCAUGGAUUGUGAGCAGGGGGAGGAACGCUCCCACGGCCAGGUCGCCCAGCUUCCCCAUACCAACCUGGAAAGCAUGGAGCCCGAGCCAGGACGUACUCUCCACAGCCAUGGAGCUCAAUCAGGCCAGGCCUCAAGCAGCCGAUCAUCUGGGUCAGGCCCUAACCUCCGCAGCCGAGCAACCAGGCCAGGCCCUAUCCUCCGCAGCCAAGCAACCAGGCCAAGCCCUAACCUCCGCAGGCGCUCUACCCAUCUGGACCCAGCCUUGCACAGCAGCCGCACGACUCCAGGCACCGUCACCAGGAGCCGUACCUCCCGAAGUCGAAGAAGAUCAGCCCGUAGAAGCCUCCCCUCUCAUCCUGGGCCAGUUGUCCAGAUUCCUCCUCCUUCCCCACGUGUUGACUUAGGAAGGCUUGAUUCCCAGAGCAACUCAAGCUCUUCUGAGCUGGAUUCCCAGCCCAGAUGGCAUGCAGUUCGUAUGCGUGCCUCCUCACCCUCACCUCCUGGUAGGUACUUUGUAUUAAGUGAGCAGUAUCCUAGGAAAUCCGCUUCCAACUCCUCUUCUACUUCCUCCCCCCAUGCCUCCUCCUCUCCUGCGCAUCCCCCUGCUUCCCCCCCUUCUUCUCCCCCUGUUACUCCUUCCACACCUCACUCCACUGCUUCUUUCCUCCCUGAACUUUCCCCUGCAUCUUCUCCCUCUUCUCCCCCUGCAUCCCCCCCCGUUUCUCCCCUUGCUUCUCCCCUCACUUCUGGCUCUCAGCCUACCCCCACCUCUGCUGCUAGUUCUGACCAGGGCUCUUUUAUUCCGGAGUCUCAUGGGUUGGCCUCUAUCUCCACUCCAAGCCCUAAUAGCCUGAGACGUGCCUUGCUGCCUGAUUUUUCUAACCUGAGCCCUGUUUCUUCAGAAGAGGUGCCAGAAAUAGGAGGCACUCCUCCCCAUACUCCGUGACCCGCUCUCCAUGGGUGUUCUUUUAAAACCCUCCCAGGCAACAUCACAUUUCCCUGGAUGGGUUACCCAUUCAACUGUUGGGUAUGAGGUUUCCUAGUGUUCAGGCCAUGUUGACCAGUUUUGAAGCUAUUGUUUGGAAUGGCAGUUUUGAAACAGCUCUUUCACAUAAUUCCACCACCCUACACUUGUUGCAGUUGGCCUUUGAUUUCAGGCCCAGUUCUCUCUGAAAAUGUCCACCGUUGCCCCUGAGCUGAGAUUUGUUCUUUCCAA